AUGGAUUGGACUUGUUUGGAAGCAUGCCCUGAAGAUACUGUACCGAUUUCAGUAGUUCAUAAUGGAUUGAACUCUAAGAUUUUCAAUUAUUGUAGAGAGAAGAUAUAUUUUGUCGAUCCCUCCUCUGAUCUGAGUAAUAUUGAACUCGGCACAAUUGAAUACCCUUUCAAACAAUUAGAUGAUCCGAUCAGAGAAAUAUUCAAUCAUGCGUCUCACCUAAAUGAAGAAUUUACUAUAUAUUUGAAGCAUGGACCAUAUAAAGAUCAAGAUUAAAUUAUAACAGAAGAUGAAUCAGACUAUACCUUGAUAAAUGUCAUUCUUAAUGGUUACUAAAGAAAACCGAGUAACUUUAAUCCUACGAUACCUGAUAACAGAAUCAUUGUAAACAAAUAUGACUUUAAAAGAGCAAGUGAAAUGGGGCUGAUGUCAAAUAUCAUCGAAAAUUCAGAGAAUGAUAAAUUUGUUACUGAAAACGCUGACCUAACAAUUGAAGGUUUUAAGUUUGUAGAAUAUGAUUUUAUCGACUGGCAAUUCAACUCCCUAAUUAGAAUUUUCUUAUCUCCAAACAGAGUAUCAACAAUCAACAACUGCUACCUUGUAUUAUAAAGAUAAGCUUUUUCAACUGCUUAUGGAACAAACUUAGUAUUAUCGAAUUCCUUUGUCGAUAUAACUAAUCUUUACAGACUGAUUGACCAUCAAACGAAAUAGGACUUCUCUCCUUUUUUAAGUGAAAAUGGUUAGAACUUUGUAUUGGUUACAAAUAAUACAUUCUAUGGGAUAAACAGUGGGGUAGCCCUCAUAGACUUUAUUUACAUAUCUAGCCAUUUCAAUAUUUCCAUCACAGGCAAUAUUUACAGAAAUUUUCAGUGGGGAUUAGCAGAUUCUAUUUAUUACUUAGAGCACGAAGCAAUUAACGAUAAUAUGGAAAAACCAAUUUAUUACACUAUAACUAAUAACCUAAUAGAAAAUACAAAAGAUAUUGGAAUGACUUACAUAGGAUAUACCAUGAAAUUUAAGGAAUAAGGUUACUAAGUAGUCAGAAUAUAUAACAAUACUUAUAGGAAUUUGAACUUUGGAAUCGGAUGCGUCUUUUAAAUCAUAAAGAAAGGAAUGGAAAAUGUAGAAGUAUAUAUAGACAACUUAACAUUUGAAAAUGUUAUAUACAAAGAAAUAGAGUACUAAGUCAUUUAGGUGGAAGCUAAUCAUGUUUAACUAAGCAACAUUCAAGUAACUGAUUCAAAGAUGUCUUGUUCUUUGAAAGUUUCAUCAAGCAAUAUUAAUAUCACAAAUAUACUAUACAAUAAUGUUUAGUCAUUAUAAACUGAAAACAGUAUGACUGCACUUAUAUGGAUAUGGAGUUCAAACUUAAUUAGGCUGGAAAAUCUAAAGUUUUAAGAUGUAACUUUGGUAUUAGCAUCAUUGAUACAAUCAACAGAAAGUUAAAAUAUUGAAAUAAAUGGGAUUGAUAUCACAAGAUUAUAAAUAAAAGACACUAAUCUUAUAAAAUUUAACAUUUGCCAAAAUGUAAAAAUAACUAAUGCUAAUAUCGAUAAGAUUUUUGUUGAGCCUGAUUAAAGUAAAAUAUCUUCAUUAGUCAUAUUAGAGCAACUCAAACCUUAUGAAGGUUAAGAAUAGCCAAUGUAUUACAUAUUCUACAAUUGGAACAUUAAAAAUAUAACCACAAACUUUAUGGACUUUAAAAGUAUUUAUUCAAAAGAAGAUAAUCAAAACGAUAAGAUUACAGUUUUGUUCCAAGAUAUUCACAUUUCAGAGAUUUCAUUGACUCAACCUAAAAGUUACGUUAUAAAUGUAGAAGAGUUUUAAUCCAAGAAUUUAUCUAUUGAGUUUAAUUACUGCUCAUUUCGAAAUAAUCUAUUAGUAGAUGGGAGAUACUUCAAUCUCAAAAUGAAGCUGAAUUUGUUUAGAAUUAGCAAUUUAGUAUUUUAGAACAACACUGGCAGAUUCAUACAAAUGAUACCUAAUUCCGCUUUUGAUGAAUCAAUCACAUAAUCACUGUUAAUAACAGACUCUAAUAUAUCCAAUAACUUUGGCAAAGCUAAUGCUCUAAUUUAUAAAGGCAAAAAUACUAAUUUGACAAUUAAGAAUUCAAUAUUCGUAGAAAACUUCUCAAACGGUUGA